AUGUACAUGAAAGAGAUAUACACGGACUCCACCCCCUCCACCCUCCACACCUUCAUCCAACAAAACCCCCUGGGCGUCCUCACUACCGCCAUCCCCUCCUCUACACACCCGUUACUCCAAUCCACCCACAUUCCCUGGGUACUCGACAUUCCUCCUCCCAGCACUGCCGAUAACAGUAACACAGUCAAACUCCGCGGCCACAUCGCCCGCGCCAACCCCCAAUGCUCUGCCAUCCUCGACUCCCUAACCACUCAACCCGAAUCCAUCCUCCCCACCGAAGUCCUCAUCCUCUUCACCUCCCCCUACCACAGCUACAUCACCCCGCACUUCUACACCACCACCAAGCCCCUCACCGGCAAAGUCGCCCCAACAUGGAACUACGCCGCCGUGCAAGUCUACGGCCGCGCACGGAUCUACAACCCCCGUUCAGAGGGAGAGCUCGGCGAGCAGGCCUCGAUGUUCUUGGAUACACAACUCCGCGAUCUAACAGCGCACUGUGAGGGGGAGAUCAUGGGGUAUACUACCACCGGUACUAGUGAUACUUAUACUCAUAACAACCCGGAGGAGAAAUCAUGUCCCCGAGCAUGGACCGUCGACGAAGCGCCAGACGCAUACAUCAACAUCCUGAAGAAGAAUAUCAUCGGGAUCGAAGUGACUGUGACGCGAAUGGACGGGAAAUUUAAAAUGAGCCAGGAACGCGGAGAAGGGGAUCGGGAAGGGGUGCUGAAGGGUUUGGAUGGGAUGGGAGGGGAUGUCGCGAGGGGAGUGGCGGGGAUGGUGAGGGAGUGUUGUUGUGAUACUAGACCAUGA